AUGCCUCGUGCUUCCAGCUCUGCGAAGCGACAGCAAGGCGCCGCCAACCAACGCGACACCAGGCACGAAAAUGGUCUUGUAGGCCCCGCCAAGCGAGUUGCCAACAAGAAGAGCCAGUCGAACCUCGACGCUUCAGCUGGGACAUCCUCUGACCAGAAUGCUGCUGCCCCGGCUCUCCCCUCGCCUUUGCCCAACGGCACUUCCAACGGACACCUCAAGACCCCGAACCUCGCUGCGCCCGCUUCCGACCACAACGGCAACAUCAUGGCCCCUGAACACCGGAAUGGCCAUGCCGCUACCAGGCGGCCCUCGUUAGGCGGUUGCUCCGAGACUUCCUCGUCCGACUCGCUCUCCUCCGCCAUGGGCAAUGGUGCUGCUGACGCGAGCCACCGCCAGAUUGAUGUCAACGCCACCAAGAACGCCGACGUCCAUCGCGACCCUGGUGGCCCUAUCGAGUUCGCCGCUACCGUCCUGAGGGCACUGCCUCUCUACGACACCCUUGCCAUCCUCAUCCUGCUCAUGCAGGUCCCUCCCGUCGCCCUCUCCGGUAUCUACAUGGUCUUCACCUUCCUCACCUUUGUGCCCCCUGUUACUACGAGCUCUGGAAUGAACAUCAAUCUCGCCGAGAUCUUUGACUACAAUUCCACCAUGCCCUCCCUCGUUACGGUGCUCUGCAUGGAUGUCUUUAUACUGCUCGUGUGGCUCUUUCUGUGGCCGCCCAUGCAGCUCGCCAUCCUUGACUUUGCAAAGCCCGUCAUCGCCGCCACUUUGGGUGGGGGAUCCAACACGAGGGAGGGAGCGUCAAGGAGCGUCACUACCUGCUUCUUCCUCGUCAUAGGCUCGCAUCUUCUGCGCGGUUCAAGAUUUCACUGGACCCGGGCAACAAAGUUCCUCCCAGCCAAUUGGCGGUUCUCCCCCGACUCCGACGAUCCGUUAGAAACAUUUACGCGCGGUUUCGAUAAGAGAGGACCGCACGGGUGGAUCAAGAGCGUGCUUGCCAUACAUAUUCUAACGCAGGGCAUAGUUAGGUACAUAAGAGAGUGGUAUUUGAGAAGAGAAAAGGGAAGUCCGUCGACACACAGCAUAACGGACCCGGAGGCCGGUAAGUCGUACUCGAACGAGACGACCACCGACACGGGGUUUGCUACGCCAGACAGCGACACGACUUUCCAACAAAAUGCGACAGUAUCAUCUACGAAAAAGAAGAGAAAACAAAGCACACAGGUGCGUCUUCAGCAGCCGUUGUGGGCCGCCCUAGCGAGCACCAAAAUUGUCAUGGUUAAGGAGUACGAAUUAUCGCACGCUACUUCCGAGUCAGCCGGUUCCAAUGCCACCGACAUUCACAACUUGGGGAAUGCCCCCUUUGACAGCCAGGCCGAACAGAUUUGGAUAUCGUAUAUUGGCCACGAUGAGGUUUGCUUCAACACCAGCUACUUUCCUGACAGCCCGAGCGUUGCUCCGAACGGGCACGUUUCGCGGCCGGCAGGAGUCGACACUUCAAAACCUUUCUACGUCCGAGUAAACAACGCCUUCUGGCAGCCGACACGUAUCUUCCGCAUCCAGGACGACGACCAAGACGAGCAAUCCAGCCAACACCGUUGGUGUGGUGAUAUUUAUGGACUGCGGCCGCUGUCCAAGUACGUCUGCGAGUUUGUCGAUACGCGCACGAACCGAGUCGUCUUUUCCACCAGCAUCCGAACCUCUUUUGCGCCCAACAAGGACCAAGAGGGCUCCGUCAACCCGCCCGUCAGCACGCCACAGUCUCUCCGCCCCGACUCGCCCGCGACGACGCUGAAGAGCACAAUCAACGCGAACAACGAGCGGCUGGCGGAGGAGAAGUCUAGGCUGAAGACGCUACGCAAGGAGUGGAAGAACAAGAUUGCCGCGCUAAGGAAAGAGAACGAGAGACUCGACAAUGUGAUUCAGACCGCAGGUGGCAACGACGACAAGCACAGGCAGAAGAUUAUCCAGCAAGAGACCAACAAAGCCCAAUCCGAAAAAGAGAUUGCCCAGCUCGAAGCAGAGCUCAAGGAGUUUGAGAAAGCACCUGAGGGAUUCUACGAGCGUAAGAAACAGACGGAAAAGGAGUGGGCUGCCGAAAAGGCCAUCUUCGAUACCGCCUCCAAAGAAUACAAAGACUACAAGGCCGCCAUCGCCAAGGCUGUGAAGGCCAAGGAGGACGAGCAGGCUGCCGCGCAGACCAAGAGGAACAAAAUUGCAGCACGCAUCGCCAAGGUGGACACCGAGCUGGGCAGAAUCACGGAUGCUAACAAUCGUGGGCUGGACGAGGCCGAGCGUAGGCGCCAGGCCCGCAUCGCCUGGCAGGCGGAGACAUCGACGAUUGAGAAUAACUUCCGGGGCAGCAUUGCGGAUAUUAAGGCAGCCAACGCGAACAAGCAGGAGCAAGUCAACGCUUUGCUACAGCAGCUCCAGGCAUACCAUGAGCAUAUGAACUACGCCACGACUGCCGCGAUGCCCUAUGAUCUUCCCGAACGUCAUUCCGCCCAGCCUCAGACCACGUCAUCCGCCUACAAUCCCGCCGCGCCAGCCUGGACACCACCGUCCGCCGCCGCAUCGCAGUAUGUGAUGCCUGCCGGGUCUAUGUGGCCCACAUCCACCAUGACCGCGUCUGGUUCUGUGUUGCCGCUGCCAGCGUCCUCUAUGCAGCCUGUGUGGGGUUAUCCGCCUACGCACCAGAGCACUGUGUCUCUCAAGGCUAGGGGCCGCUCCUCCUCGAUGCUUAGCGAUGUGUCUGGGUUCACGCAGUCUAGCAACGGCGACGACGAGUUCUUGUCGCUCCAUAACACGCCUGCGCAGCAGCCCAUGGCUCAGCGCACGCCCGUCACGUUUGCUUUCACGCGACGUCAACGGAGCGACGGCGCUGGGUCAGGCUCUGGCGGCAGCAGCGUUCACAGUGGAAGCGCUAGCGGUAGCGGAAGCAUGCGGGAUCCUCAAAGUCCGGUCUGA